AUGGAGGUCGAACUCUAUGUAUACGACCUAUCUCGCGGGAUGGCUCGCGCCAUGAGCCAGCAGUUUCUGGGUAUCCAACUCGAUGCCGUGUAUCAUACAGCCAUCGUUUUCGAUCAUAUCGAGUAUUUCUUCGGCGCCGGAGUCCAGACUUGCUAUGCCGGACAGACACAUCAUGGCCGGCCGAUGGAGAUCAUCAAGCUCGGCCAGACGCAUUUACCUAUGGAGACGAUACUGGAAUAUCUUGAAAGUCUGAAACAAGUCUACACGCCAGAGAGCUAUGAUUUAUUCGCUCAUAACUGCAACAACUUUUCUCACGACUUUAGCAUGUUCUUGGUUGGCAAAGGCACUGACCCUGUACGAAGUAUUCCUUCUCACAUAACUUCGCUUCCACAACGUGUUCUGGAUACGCCUUUUGGUCAAAUGCUCAGGCCGCAAAUCGAUGCUAGCAUGCGUUCAAUCACACAGGCGCCAGUAGCGCCACCGGCGCCUUAUCAGCCAAGAUCUAGUACACAGGAGAGCAACAAAUCAAAGAACGAGAUUACUGGUGCUUAUGGCAAAGUGCUUUUGCCGUCCAGCCUGUCAUUGCUUCAGACGGAGCUCAACAAGGCAAAGGAGACAUGCGCCGUCAUCUUCUUCACAUCCUCGACGUGUGCUCCUUGCCGGCUAGCAUACCCCAUGUUCGACGCUCUCGCCGAAGAGCAUAGUCGAGCCUUGUUUUUCAAAAUCGAUAUCAACUUUGCUCGAGACGCCGCUGCCCAAUUUAGAAUAUCUGCAACGCCAACCUUCAUCACCUUCUUUCGUGGCGUUCAAGAAGACCAGUGGUCCGGCGCUGACCCAUCACUCCUCAAGACAAAUGUUGAACGCCUAAUUCAUCGAGCAUUCCCACCUCAUCCUCACUCGCAAGUCAAGAUUCCGAGCCUCCAGGUGGGUUCCAUGAAGCCAUUCACAUACAGCAAAGUCCCUCCUCUCGACAAGCUCGUUGGCAAACUCGGUCCCGCCGCACACCAGAAGCACUUCGCCGCACUACACUCCUUCGUCGCAAAACGCAACCAACAGGACGCGAAAGAAGCCCUUCUCCCGGAUCUGCAAGAUCUCUCCCGAUCCUACGCAGACGAAGUCACCGCGCUACCGCUCGAAACCCGCUUCGCAGCUGUGGACCUCCUCCGCCUCGCGAUGAUCGACCCACGUGUGAGCGGCUUCCUCGCCGAGGAGGACGGCCCUUCGACCAUCCUCGCACUGAUCCAUCACGCGAAUUCUCUCGAAGAGAAAUGUCCGCAUAACCUUCGUCUCGUGACAUUACAUCUCGCUUGCAACGUUUUCACUUCGCCGCUCUACAGCAAGGAGUUGUUGGCUGCGGAGAACAAGAAGCAUGAUUUGGUCGUACAGAUGGUGCAAUUCAUCGCGUCAUCGUUGAUUGAUGUUUCGCAUCCGACCGCGCGCGUGGCGUCGGCGUCGCUGGCGUUCAACCUGGCUGCCGCGAAUUAUCGCAUUCGGAGGGAACAGGCGCGGGAGGGACUCGAGGAGGCGGAGCAGGUUGCGUUAGCGGCGUCGUUGCUGGAGGUUCUCCCGACGGAAGAAAACGAGGAUGCGCUGAAGACGAUGCUGCUGGCGUUGGGAUUCCUGGCAUUUUUCUCGUCGCAGGAUGGCGAAUUGCAUGAUUUGUGUCAGGCACUGGAUGCCAAAGCUACACUGGGAAUUUGCAAAGCGCAGCAGGCACUAGCGAAGGAGAUCGGCGUUCUUUUCUCAUGA